CCUUGCCAUCACGUUGAGGCCAGCAUGGGCAACUCGAUGUGCUGCGGUAUGACAAGCUACGAAGCGUACCAGCGGGAAGAAGCACUAAAGGAAGGCGCCCACUUCCGCCGCCACACGGCGCUCUUUGGCAUGCUGCCGACAACUGAUCGCAUCUUUCUCCGCCUCAAUGCCACCGGCACUCGUCUCGAAUGGACACUGGUCGACGAGCCAUCCGACGUUGCUCGCACCGAAGCGAUUCACUUGGACCACGUCGCCAAGAUCAUGCCGACUGGCAAAACCGCCUUAAUUAUGUACGCUGCGUCGGGCAAACGGAUGCUCGAGAUCACAGCCAAAGAUGCCGCUGUGAGGGACCUCUGGGCGCGGACGCUGAUGGACGUGCUCGAAGCGAGGGGUGUAGUCUUCACGUCCAGCGAGCUCAGCACUGUCGAGAAUGAAAUGCGGAAGCAAGAGGCCCACGACAAGCAAGCCUACUGGCGUGAUCGGACCGAGACGCUUGCACUGCGCCAAGCGCUGGCGGCAGAAAAGAAGAAAUCGUUUGCGAAUGUUGGGAUGCGGUAUACAGCGCAGGCCAUGGCGAGUCGUUGA